ACUCGGUCCUUCGUAAAAUUAGUUUGUCUAGACUCGGUCGGUGUUAUUUACUUAUAAAACUAAUGGAAGACAUCCACCAAAUUGAGGUAUAAUCAAGCGUCCCAGGGUCUCUAGGUUUCGUUCUAAUCACUUUUAAAAGCCUCUUGUUGUUCAGCUGAAAACUAUUAAGAGAAAUAUGGCGUCAGCACCAACUAAUCUUGAAAAUCAACAGCAGACUGGUUUUGCUCCACGCCGUGCAUAUGAUGGCCCGGCUGGAGCAGGGGUACCAGCUGCUAAUGUGGCUAACGGCCAAGGACAAGCGUCUGGGACCCCAACCAUACUACAACGUCCCAAAGUCAAAAAGGAGAAGAUCGCAGAACUAACAACUUCAGCCGGUAAAUUGGCCAAUGAAGAGUCUCUAAAAUUGACUGAUGCUAAUGGAAUAGCUAUGAAAACCCCAGUGUCAUUGUUGCAAGAACUUUUAAGCCGACGUGGCAUAACACCAAGUUACGAACUAGUUCAAAUUGAGGGUGCUAUACAUGAACCAACUUUCCGUUAUCGCGUAUCAUUCAAUGACAAGGAAGUACCAUUUACAGCAAUGGGGGCAGGACGUUCCAAAAAGGAGGCUAAACAUUCGGCAGCACGUGCUUUAAUCGAUAAGUUGACAGGUGUACAACUGCCUGAGACACAAAACACUAAUACAAGUGCUGCCUCUGCAACGGCUGGAGUUGACAACAAUGCAAAUACUACUGGUAGUGGAGAUGCGGCCGAUAAAAUUGUGGGUAAUCCAAUUGGUUGGCUCCAAGAAAUGUGCAUGUCACGGCGUUGGCCACCACCAAGCUACGAGACUGAGACUGAAGUCGGUUUGCCCCAUGAACGCCUCUUUACAAUUGCAUGUACCAUAUUGAAUUUCCGUGAAGUGGGUAAGGGAAAAAGCAAGAAGCUUGCUAAGCGCACAGCAGCUCAUAAGAUGUGGACACGUUUGCAAGAAACCCCUCUUGACAAUAAUCAAUUGGCUGAAACCAUGGGCACUGAUCUGGCUGGCGAUAAGGCCAAUUAUUAUAGUGAUUUGAAAGAUAUUACUAUUCCAACCAUUACCGGUCAGCAUAGUGCUAAAGUUUCUCAAUUUCAUAAGACACUUAAGAAUUCAACGGGUAAAAAACUUCACAAAUUGCAGAAAACUUGCCUGAAAAGUCCCAAAAUUGAUUAUAUAAAACUUUUGGCUGAAAUAGCCAAUGAAAAUCAAUUUGAAGUUACAUACGUUGACAUAGAAGAGAAGACAUUUACCGAACAAUUUCAAUGUUUGGUUCAACUCUCAUCUUAUCCAGUUGGGGUUUGUCACGGCUCAGGACCUACACCAGGUGAUGCCCAGAAAAUGGCAGCUCUUAAUGCUUUGGAAUAUUUGAAAAUUAUGACCAAGAAAUAAAUGUCAUAAUGCCAUUGAGUGCAGUAGGAAAACUGGGGGUGCAUUGAAUAUCCCUUUACAUUUUUAGUCUGUAUUGCAGCUGUCGUCGACUCAAAAGAAAACCCCAUUUGAAAAGAAUUUCAUAAGCCGAUUCGGAAAAUAUGGUUUUGUUUUUUAUGUUUAAUCUUUUUUUUUAAGGAAAUAUUUUUUUUGAAAGCGUUUAUUAUUUUUUAUAAAUAUAACCACCAAAAUUUUCAAUCUUA